AUGUUCAGGAAUAUAUUCCCAUCGUGGCUCAGCCCCGCACAGCAGCAAGAAGCGCCAGGGGAAUCGAACCAGAAGUCUACGGACGAAGGCAACACAGCGUCUUCGCCUGAAAUCCACCUUGAAGCGGGAGACACAGACGGAGACAGCACGCCCAAAGCGGGGCCACAAGAUGUCAGUCAUGAGGUACCGAGUCUCACACUUAGUGGUAACGAGACGCCCGAGGAGGAUUCUGAGCCUGCUGUCCCUUCCUUUCCGGCCGCGAACAGCGCACAGCGAGCAUCAGCCGCCAUGCUGCCUCCGCCAAGACCGUCCGCAGCGAAUGGAUCAGGUCUUAUGCCACCACCAGCGCGGCCUUCUCCAGCGCCAAGGCCAAGUGCGGCAGCAUCUCUCCGCGUACCGUCCAACGGUCCUCUCCCGAAUCGCGGCCCACCAGCUGGCAGCCAACAGCGAGUAUCCUCCAGUCUCUCACCCAACACCACCGUCAAAACGCCCAAUGCACGCGGCAAAGUCUUGCUUUCACCCGGCCAUUCGCCCAUGGACUGGGCCGCUCUGACUCGCAAGGGCAAUCUCAGCGGCGUGGAGACUUUCCAGCGCGUAACGCCAUCUCAGCUCAAAGCUAUGACUGGAAGGAAAGGCAAAGCUGCUUGGAGCAGUUGGCAGGGCAAAGUCUACAACAUCACGCCCUACCUUCCUUUCCACCCCGGCGGCGAGGCAGAGCUGAUGAAAGCAGCCGGGAGAGAUGGCACAAAGCUUUUCAAUGAAGUCCACCCGUGGGUGAAUUGGGAGAACAUGCUGGAGACAUGCCUAGUCGGCAUUCUUGUGCCCGAAGACUAUGGAAAAUCGUCGCUGGAGGACAUGGACUGA